UCGGCAGACACAGACACGGUUGUGUGUGUCUGAGUGGGAGAUGGACUGAGUGAGGGCGCUCUUUCAACCAGCGCUGCCGAUAUAGCACCCACUAAGCUAGGCUGAAAUAAUUGACGAUUCCAGGUCGCUUGAACCGACUUGAAAUUUCCCAGUGUCGCUAUCAGUCUUUCACAUCCCACUCCAAACACACUAACACGGCAUUGAUGGUAAUGUAUGCAAGGAAACAACCGAGACUCGGCGAUGGGUGCGACCGAAGAGAUUCUCAGCCCUAUCAGGCUCUCAAAUACUCAUCCAAGAGCCAUCCAGGAGGGGACCACCGACAUGAGAAGAUGCGCGACUCCUCAGACGUCGCUCCUCCCUGCAAGGUGCUCAAGAGGUCUGACAGCCCUGAUAGCAAACACAUCGAUGGCACGGGGCACGGCAGAGCAAAGGCUGUCCACACACACCGGGCCAGAGACAGGGAUGGAGGGACCAGUUAUUCUCCACAAGAAAACUCUCACAAUCACAGUUCCCUUCAUAGCUCCAACUCACAUUCUAACCCCAGCAAGACCUCAGACACACCCUAUGAACCAGGUGACGACUGGUCAGAACACAUCAGUUCCUCUGGGAAGAAAUACUAUUACAACUGCAGGACAGAGGUGUCCCAGUGGGAGAAGCCCAAAGAAUGGCUGGAGAGAGAACAAAAGCAGAAGGAGACAACAAAGACUGCUGUUGUCAACAGUUUCCCCAAAGACAGGGACUACAGAAGGGAGGCUAUGCAAGCAUCGUCAGCCCCUGGCUUCACUGGUUCAAAGUCAGCUCAGGCGGAGAAGUCCACAACGGGCCAUGCCACCCAGUCCCAGUCAUCAUCCUCAUCAGGCUCAGGGAGCUUGAAUCCCUCAUCUGGUCCCCCUGGAUCAUCAGCCUCCACGGUGCCCGUGUCCCCGGUCCUUCAGUCCCCGGCUCCUCCACUACUUCAGGACCCCACUCUGCUUCGCCAGCUUCUUCCAGCACUUCAGACUGCCCUGCAGCUCAACAAUGCCAGUGUGGACAUGGCGAAAAUCAAUGAAGUUCUCACAGCUGCUGUCACACAAGCUUCAUUACAGUCGAUGCUCCAUAAGAUCCUCACUGCUGGACCUUCGGCUUUCAAUAUCACUACUAUCCUCUCUCAAGCUGCUCAGCUCUCCAACCAAGCAGCUCAGCAAUCAAACCAGUCACCGAUGUCGUUAACAUCGGACGCCUCGUCGCCACGGUCCUACGUCUCUCCGAGGAUCAGCACGCCACAGACCAACGCCGGUCCCUUAAAGCCCCUCCUCAGCACACAGCCUGUCAUCUCACAGCCAAAAGUGAGCACGCCAGCAGUGAAGCAGGCAUCUCACGCCCAGCCCUCGUCCCAGCAGCCCCUUUCCAGCGAUAAGCAACACAGUCACGACGCUACCACGGCCUCACCACGCACCCUCCAGCGCCAAGGCAGUCAGAGGAGUCCCUCCCCAGCUCCCAACCAUGUCAGCUCCUCCAGCAGCAGCAACGCCUCCAACUCAGCCUCUGCCCCCGCCGCCGCCUCCUCUGCAGCGCGGCCAUCCUGCUCCUUCACCCCCACCCUCGCCGCCCACUUCAACGAGAACCUUAUCAAACACGUGCAGGGAUGGCCUGCUGAGCACGCAGAGAAACAGGCAUCAAGACUACGUGAAGAGGCUCACACUAUGGGCAGCAUCUGUAUGUCCGAGAACUGCACCGAGCUCAAAAACCUGCGGUCUUUGGUCAGAGUCUGUGAAAUACAAGCAACAUUGCGCGAGCAGAGGAUACUGUUUCUGAGACAGCAAAUCAAAGAACUUGAAAAGUUGAAGAAUCAGAAUUCUUUCAUGGUCUGAGAACAUUUGGGCGGGGGAGAAAAGGUGGUGACGAGGGGGAGGGAGGGAGAGACCCAUUGCACAUAGUCGGAGGCUGGAAUGAGAGCAGCUUUUCAGUUCCUCUUGAGCCCAGUCUUAAAAACAAACACGCAACACACACAAACAAACAAGACACAGUCGGGAUUGGCUUCGGACCGUUGGGCUGGGAGAACCGAGGGGGAGAAACGAAGAGCUGUUGUGGGAUGAGUGAGCGGGAGGAUGGAUGGAUGGAAGGAAGGGGAGGGGAGGGGUUUACAAGACUCUGUUUUGUAAAAAAAAACCCACGGCGUCGGCGGGAGAAAAAAAAAUGUAGAUUUCUUGUAGAUGUUAUUAUCUAUGUUGUAAAUACGUUUUGUAGAUUGAAGCCAUGGAAAGCCAUGCCUAUCAAAAGCUUUUUGACAUCCAAACUAAUCAGCGCCUAGGCGGCUACAUUCAUUAGCUAGCCUCUCCUUCAUGUUAACUCGUCUGCAGAUUUAAAAGCUUCAUUUUUGUCCAUUCAUAGAUCAUUGAACCAUUGCAGCACGCAUGUGAACGGAGGAGGAUGUUUGAAGCCUAGCCUAAAGCAUAUAACACUCAACUGUUUUUUUUUUUUUUCUUCCUUGAAAUCUUUAAAUAAAAACGGAUGAUUGUGUCUUCGAUUCUCAACCCCCCCGGACUGUAGAACCUGGACCCAGGCACCGCAAACAUCCGCCCCCUCCCUGCACAUCUGUCUCUACUGCUCUCAAUGGUUCAGUCAUCUGUUUUUGCAGCUUCUGGUGGCCCCUGCAUUCCCCAGUCUCAAAAAUAAGAUAAAACAGUGCCUGGUGGUGUGGUGGAGUGAGUGAUUUAACUAAAAAUAUAUAUAUAAAUCUAUAAAUAAAUGAGAUGUGAUGGCGUGCUGCUUUGGACCAUUCCCCACUACCCUCCCCUGGCCUCGACCUUGCCCUGCCCUCUCCUCAGAUAUCACGUCGGCCCUGUGUUUUUUUUUUUUGUUUUUUUUUUUCCCCGUUCUUCUUUGUGUUCCAGCUGUUUUUGUUCCUCUCUGACUUGUCAAGCUGAGAUGGUGCCACUUGGGUUCAUUCCUUUUGUACAGUUAUUAUUAACCGUAACAGUGGAGUUUUAAAGAGGAGGACACAGGAUUAUUAAAACGAAGCAAACGCACAGAAAAAAAGGUUUUAUUUAUAAGAGUUGUAGUGAUGAGCAGUGAUAUCCGAUAUGGGUGUUAUUAUUUUCAUUUUUUUUUUUUUUUGGAGCACCUCUUGAGUUCAGUUCAGAUCGCAGGGCAACAAGAGGUCAAAGGUCAAAUGUGAAAUGUAUGUAUUGUAAUAAAGAUGUUAAACUAAAGCGAGCACUGGUUAUUUUAUUGGAGUGUUAGGUUUGGUUCAUACGCUAGUGCCUUGUUGCAAGUCUUAAGCCUCGUUCACCUGCAGACUUUACUUUGGUGCCGCUUCCACUGGCAACAGGAGAUCUUCAGCGAGCACCUCACAGUUUUUUUUUGUUUUUUUUUUUAAGUUGAGCACGCCCCAUCCCUCUCUCUUCCCCUCAUAUUUGUUUACCCCCCAACUGUUGAAGAGCAGGGUCCUCAGCUGCACCCCCACCACCACCAUACUGUCUAUUGACAACCGAACUGCACCACACAUUCAGUAAAGGUGACCACAUCAUUGCUUUGUAUAUUGUUUCCUGAAGUAUAUUGACAAAUGAAAUAAAAUAUGCCUCUCCAGGGCCAUGUUGUUCUUGGGUUUUUGAUGGUCCCUCGAA